GAACUUUUAAAGUAAUGCGACUUUAACAAAAUAAUAACGUAUACACAAGGGUCAAACAUAACUGCUCAUCCACUAAACCAUUGCUAUUUAAAGUACAAAAUAUUAAGUUUUAGCAUAAAGAAAGCAGUCAAUAAAGAAAAAAAUCAAGAAAAAUGAAGCUCAGAGACUCUUCAAUCUUUCCGUCCGUGAUUGUUUUCAUGAUUAUUAUCUCACUUUCUUCGACCACUAAAGCUUAUGCAACACUUCAUGAUUAUCAAUAUACCAAGACAAAUUCUAUCCAAUGCCUCUCACAUCAUUCUUCUUCAAACUCCUCCCAUAAUAAUGAUAUCACCAAGGUUGUUUACAGUACCACAAACUCUUCGUACUUCUCUGUUUUGAAUUUCACUAUAAUAAACCCUAGAUUUUCUUCUCCUUCUACACCAAAACCGCUUUUUAUCAUCACACCCCUCCAUGAAUCUCACGUCCAAGCUGCCGUGGUUUGUUCCAGAAAACAUGGCGUGCAGAUCAGAAUAAGAAGCGGCGGCCACGACUACGAGGGCCUGUCCUACGUCUCCGACGUCCCAUUUGUCGUAAUCGAUCUGAUAAACCAUCGGUCAAUAACUAUAGACGUUGAGAAAAGAACGGCUUGGGUUCAAGCUGGAGCUACCCUCGGCGAGCUUUACUAUGAAAUCAACGUGAAAAGUAAAACUCUAGCCUUUCCCGCCGGAGCUUGCCCUACAAUAGGCGUUGGCGGCCACAUAAGCGGCGGAGGUUAUGGCUCAAUCUUCAGAAAAUAUGGCCUUGCAGCGGAUAAUGUUAUUGAUGCUCAGAUAGUUGACGUUGAGGGUAGAGUUCUCGAUAGAGAAACUAUGGGGGAAGAUUUGUUUUGGGCCAUACGCGGUGGCGGUGGAGCAAGCUUUGGAGUCAUUCUUGCCUGGAAAGUUCGGUUAGUUCCGGUCCCGGAAACGGUGACAGUUUUCGCUAUAAAUAGGAACUUGGAACAUAACGUUACCAAGCUUGUUCAUAGGUGGCAAUAUAUAGCAGACAAACUUCAUAAAGAUCUGCUCCUAGCUGUUAGAUUUCAAACGGUGAAAGUGAAUUCUACUCAAGAAGGGAGUUACAAAAAAGAGCUUCAAGCUACAUUCAUUUCGGUGUUCCUUGGUAGAGUUGAUGGUCUUCUUGACUUGAUGGGAAAAAGGUUCCCUGAGUUAGGUUUGGCGAGAGAAGAUUGCACCGAAAUGAGUUGGAUUGAGUCUGCGCUCUUCGUUGCUGGACUCCCAAGGGAACAGUCUCCAGAGAUUUUGCUUGACCGAACACCUCAAUCUAGAUUGUCUUUCAAGGCAAAAUCAGAUUAUGUAAAGGAGCCGAUUCCGGAGAAAGGGUUGGAAGGAAUAUGGGAAAGGUUGUACGAAGAAGAGAUUGGUAGAGGUGUUGUUAUCAUGAGUCCUUACGGUGGGAAAAUGAGUGAGAUUUCGGAAUCGGAGCUUCCAUUUGGGCAUAGAGCUGGGAACCUGUAUAAAAUUCAAUACUUGAUUUAUUGGGAAGAAGAAGGGAAUGCUACAGUAAUGGAAAAGCACAUAAGUUGGAUUCGAAGACUUUACUAUUACAUGACUCAGUUUGUGUCCAAAAAUCCGAGAUCAGCUUAUAUCAAUUAUAGAGACCUUGAUAUUGGGACAAAUAGCAACAACGGUACCGCAAGUUAUGCACAAGCCAGCAUUUGGGGAGUCAAAUAUUUCGGCCAUAACAACUUCAAUAGGUUGGUCCAUGUCAAGACUAUCGUUGAUCCAACAAAUUUCUUUAGAAAUGAGCAAAGUAUUCCUCCACUACGUAUUGAGUAUUCUAGUUAAUUAUCUAUUUCUAAAAAUAAGGGCAAAAUGGAGAUUAUCAUUGAGUUUAUUUAUACCAAUAAAUUAUACUUUGUCCAAAAGAUCUGUUUCAUGAUGUAUAUCUUUGGUAGUUAUAUAAAACUGACUAUAUGAAACA